AUGAAGCGUGGUGUGGAGGCCCUUGGAGACUCCUAUUUGCAAGCUCGUCAACGCUUCGAAAGUCUUGAACGAAAAUUCGCUCGUAACCCUGAGCUUAAAACAGAAUAUAGUAAGUUCAUAAAGGAAUAUCUGGACCUUAAUCACAUGUCGCUAGUUACCAAUGAGGUUUUUCAACAAUGCAAGUAUUUUCUGCCGCAUCAUUGCGUUAUCAAGGAUGACAGUAGCACAACAAAGCUGAGAGUGGUUUUUGAUGGCUCUGCAUCCACUACUUCGGGCUUUUCGCUGAACGACCUACUCAUGGCAGGCCCAACUAUUCAGCCGAAACUUUUUAAUAUCCUUAUUAGAUUUCGUACUUUUCCCAUAGCACUUACUGGGGACAUCUGUAAGAUGUAUAGGUGUGUUCGCGUCACCCCAUCAGAUAGCAUGCUCCAAUGCAUAUUGUGGCGUGAAUCUCCUCAGGAAAACUUUGCCAUCUAUAAGUUAGACACGCUGACUUAUGGAACUAAGCCUGCGUCAUUUCUGGCCAUACGUGCCAUGCACCAACUCGCAGCUGACGAAUCCUCGACUUACCCCAUUGGUGCAGAAAUAGUGCGUCGAGACUUCUACGUAGAUGACUUGAUAUCUGGAGGCGAUUCGAUGGAAGAAGUACUGAAUAUCAAGCUACAAACAACUAGCCUCCUUGCUCGAGGAAACUUUAAGUUACGCAAGUGGUGCUCUAAUAGUCCAGAUAUCCUUCGUGAUAUACCUGACGUAGACAAGGAACGUUUCCUUAAGUUUGACGAUGGCAGUGACAUCACCAAAGCUCUGGGACUAGUUUGGGAUCCGGUCAAGGACAAGCUGCUAUUUUCGUUUGUGCCACAACGAGAACUCGGUAAAAACUCAAAACGCUCUGCGUUGUCUACUCUAGCUCGCUGUUACGAUCCCCUUGGACUAAUGGGCCCUACGCUGACCAAGGCGAAGAUUCUUCUGCAACGCAUGUGGAGAGACAAGCUUGAGUGGGAUGAGAGUCUACCGCAAUCGUUAAACACCGCCUGGUCUGCCUUUUGCAGCGGGUUUGCAGACAUACAGCACCUAUCAUUUCCUCGUUACGUCUUGCAACCUGGGGCCAUUACAGAAAUUCAUGCAUUUUGCGAUGCAAGCCUUGAAGCUUAUGGGGCUUGCGUUUAUACGCGUUCAGCCAAGGAUAGUAAGGUACAAGUGCACCUGUUGUGUUCGAAGGCCCGUGUCGCUCCACUGAAGACUAUCACCGUGCCCAAGCUGGAACUCUGUGCAGCAACACUGCUGGCACAACUCAUGGAUUCCUCCACUGUCCUCUCGUGGCUGCGAGAAGAACCAUCGAAAUUUAACGUAUUUGUCGCUAACCGAAUUUCCACCAUACAUCAAUUAACGGAGGGCAUGCGGAGGCACUAUGUUCCGACAGCAAUGAAUCGGGCGGACAUUUUAUCCAAAGGAGCUACCCCGCAGGAACUUCUAGGAUCUUCACUUUGGAUGCACGGCCCGUCAUUUUUGCGAGAAGUGGAGGGCAGCUGGCCGCGCAUGUGUCUACCACAACCAAAACUUCCAGAACUUCGACAAAAGGUGUUGCUUGCCGCACAUAACCGCAAUGACAUUUCGCUUUCGUUCAAGUACAUUAAUUCAUUUGGAACAAUGCAGCGCAUUUUUGGCUCACAGCCGCAGAUAUUCACCAUGGAACUCAACUGCUUAUUCGCUUAG